AUGUUGGAAUCGUUAGAUUCUGACAAACAGUCUACUCAGAUGGCUGAAGCCCACAUUGAAGAAGCUCGCCAUGGCAAUGGACAAGACAUGGAGCAAACCGCAGCACACAAAGCUCUUGUCCGGAAGCAGGAUCUUCGCAUCAUCCCACUCUGUGCCUUUAUCUACCUACUUUGUUUUCUUGAUCGCUCAAACAUUGGAAAUGCCAAGACCCUUAACGCCAAUGUUAAGCACGAUCUCCUUUCGGAGACUGGUAUAAGCAAUUAUCAGUAUCUCAUCGCUCUCAUGAUUUUUUUGGUUGCAUAUGGAAUAUUCGAAGUUCCAAGCAACUACUUCUUGAAAAAAUUUACCCCAAGCAAAUGGAUCUCGCUAUUGAUGUUUUCGUGGGGUGCCUUGACCAUUGGUCUGGGGGGUUCUGGCAAUUUUGCAACUGUCACCGUCCUUCGAUUUUUUCUAGGUGCAUUUGAGGCUGGCCUUUUCCCCGGACUAGUUUAUUACAUCACGUUCUGGUAUCGGACCGACGAGCGCUCAAUUCGUGUUGCUUUCAUCCUCGCCUCUGCAACUAUUGCCGGUGCGUUCGGAGGAGUUUUGGCCUUCGGAAUCGGCCACAUGGACGAUGCUGGUGGUCUUUCCGCCUGGAGGUGGCUCUUUAUUAUUGAGGGCAUACCAAGCUGCCUGUCUUCGAUAUUGGUAUUUUUCUUUUUGCCCGAUUAUCCCGAGACAGCCAAUUGGUUGAACAGUGAAGAGAAAGCACUAGCAAUCGAAAGACUUCGCGUUGAAGGCUCUCAUGGCACUGAUGAAUCUAUGGGUUGGGUCGACGUCAAGGCUACCCUUGUCGACUGGAGGUUAUACGCCCAUUAUGUUCUCUACUUUGCUAUGAACACACCAUAUUCAUCGCUGUCACUCUUUACACCAAGUAUUACUGCCGGGUUAGGGUUCCACAACCUCCAAGCCCAGUUGAUGACAGUCCCUCCUUACGCAGUUGCUUACGUUUUCACCAUCGCAGUCGCCUAUUCUGCAGACCACUUCAACGCGCGUGCCCUCCACUGCUCUGGAGCCGCAUUGAUUGGAGCCAUUGGAUUCUUGGUUUCCGGUUUACUCCCAGCAACCGCUUAUUCUGUUGCCUUCAGGCUCGAUAUGGAUGCCUCAUUGUCGCAACUUGUGGCUCAUUUGGCCUCAUCCCACCUCUUUUAG